AUGUAUCAUUUACUCUCGGAAUCUGAAUCGCCGGUGAAAAGUGACCGGACCCCGGAAGAACAAGAUUUGCUGGAGAGAAGCACAAAGAAGUCAAAACGGGGUGAAAGAUCGCCGAAAGGCCCCAAGAACAUAUCGAUGAUGGACAUAGUCCAAGAGACGGCUCUUGCGUCGACGGUAGAACCGAUGCAUGCGACAUCCUCUGUACCCCCAGCGACAUAUAGGCAGUCUCUGGUUGGCCAAAGCAGUUGCCAGCCAUUGGAGAACGAAUCAGAUGAAGAAAUUGUAUCAGAUAAGGAGGAAAUAGAUGAGGCCAAUUCUGACCCAGACUACCCGACAAUAAUCGUCACCAAGGCUGAGAAGCAUUUUCUUCGAUAGAGAGCUCAGAAUGACGUCGCACCUCUUCAAUUUCAUCUUCAAGUGUCUUGCUCUCGACAAAACCACGCUUCCGGCCAAAGGCAUCACAACAAUCCCAG